AUGCAAGUAGCGACUCGGAUGAACAGUAACGACCUGCGCGUCUCCUUUGGGUUGGAUGCCAGGCUAAGAGCGGAUUCAAACAAAUUUCUCCCCACAUCCCAUUCCUCCCCCCCUCCCUCUCCCACUUUCUUGCCCAUCACUGCUUCCCCUCAUUUCCUCCUGCUUCCCCUCAUUUUCCCCCCUGCUUCUCCUCAUUUCCCCCCUUCUUCCCUUCUCUUCCUUUCCCUCCACCCCCACUUCCUAUCUCCACUUUACCCUCUCCCCCCCCUUCCUAAUCCCUCCCUUCACUCUACGCGCUUUUCUUAUCUCCCCCUUUCCCUUUCCCCCUACUUCCUAUCUCCUCUUUGUUGA